AUAACUUGAAAUCUAAAUAAAAUUUAUAAUGUAUUUAAGAAUAAAUAUAAUUCAUAGUGUUUAAAAAGAGACAUAAAUUAAAAAAAUUCAAUAUGAGUACUCCGCCUACAUAUAAGUAUUUGAAAUGUCUAUACCAUUUCAUUGAAUGAAUCGAUAAAGGAUAUGUUCGUAAAAUAUUUUUGUGUGUAAACAUAUUUUCAUAAACUAAAUAUAACUACCUAUUAGUUAUUGUUAUAAAAAUCUUAAAAAGUAUUUAAAAUAACAAUUAAAAUGAAUUUAUUAUUAUUUCGAUUUGUUCUUCAACUGGCAAUUCCAUAUUUAUACAAUUGCGUAGAAGUUCAUUUUGAGUCAGCUGAUAGUGGAUUUUUUCUGAAACACUCGCGACAGCCUCCGGUAACUCCUGAUAUAUCAACAACACAUUCUUCGCCGCUUCCUCCAUUAAAAUCGAGGACUUCAUACGAUUCUGUGUUAUCUGUGGAUCGAUUUACCGUUGUACAAACAACACAAGCAGUAUCUAUUAGAGCAAGUUAUGGUCCCUUUUCUACAAAACAAACAGUACCAGCUAGAUAUAUUGUGCCGGAUGUUAUUGAAAAUCAAAAUGAUUAUUUAAAUAACACCACUGCAGCUUUAAUUGAACUACAACAGUCCAAUCUUCACUUGGACAUAUCUGCACAUCUAGUUAGUACUAUUGUAUCACAAGACUCACCAGUACUACGUGUUCUUUUUCAUGCUGGUGCCGAUCCCGGUGGUCAUUUACAACGACAAAAGAUUUGUGUAUUAUUACAUGUUUCUAGUAACAAUCAUUUACCCAUAAAAGGAAGAUGUAUGCCUGAGGGAGAAGACGGAGUAUGUGUUGCUGAGGUUGUUAUACCAUUUAAAUGGUUUCAUGCGCUACCACCACCUCCUAAAGAAAAUUCUAAUAGCACUCCUACCAAAGUCCCCCAACGCCUUGUUCAAGUUUCAUACAGCGUGUUUGAGCCUCCAGUGCGAAAUCCUGAGCUAUGUGAGCCAAAAGUGCAAAUACAGCCUUUAACUAGCUUCGUUCAAGUUCCUCUCGUAACCCCUUUAGAGCCAUUCAAAGAAUUUCACGUUGACGAAUCCCUUAUUAUUCUUUUGCCACAACAACCACUCUAUCCAUUGUCUAAAUUCCACGUGCCCGUUUUUUUGCAACAAAAUCCGGAGAAAAAUAUUUCAUCAUUUACUGUAAAAGCUCGAAUAAAAUCUGGUAUCAAGGUUAUAGGAGCAACUGCGUCUUCUGACUUGUGGAAUAUAUCAAUAGAAAGGGAUAAUACGAAGCAUUCAACAGUUCGCGUAAUAGCCAUAAAAAAGAAACUUGAUAAUAAUACUUCGUCACAAAUAACAGAGAAAAGAGUUAAUGAAGUAUUUACUUGGUUGUUGGAGGUAGCUGAUGAUACAAAAGAUUUAAUAGAAGGAGGCAAAAUUGUCUGGUCUGUCACAUACAUCUAUGAUAAUCCAAAAGAUUCGUUAGCCGAUCUUUCGCCUGAAGAUAAUAAAAAGAGAAUAAUAGCUAAACUUGAAGUCAAUAAAGAUGACAUACAAGCAGUAUUGCCAAUGGCAAAGAACUGGGAACUAAUGAAUACUGCUGUGCUAACAGGGCGACAGGUUGCCCAAGCAAUGAAGGUUUUCAUUGUAUCACAGGGAGGAAAAGUGGCAGAUGUAACCUUACAAAGUUCUUGUUUUGCUGAAGAUGAAAGCGUCAUUAAGGUUUCAUCGUCUUGUAGUUCGGUAUACGUUGAUGGUUCUGAAAUACGUGGAUCGUCAAAUGCUUCAAUAAUCGUUAAAUACGGUACAUAUAUUGGACUUGCUAAAUUUAUAGUAUGGAUGCCAGAAUUUCCUCUUGAAGUAUACGUCAAUGACUAUAGAUUAUCACAAAUAAAAGGAUGGAAAGUUAUUGACGAUCAUCAAUAUAUGCAUAAAAAAUCCCGACGAAAAAAAAGGUCAUUCGUAAAUGGACAGCACAGUGCCGGCAUUUAUAAUAAUGUUUUACUAGAUAAAAUAAUGUGUAGAGCAAGAUAUCAACAGAGUCCUGUGGAAGUAUAUGCUAAAUUUGUUGCUAUUGAUCAGAACUCUGGCCGUAUCAGCUAUUUUAUAUCACGAAAAACAGGAUUACGUGUAACUGAUUUAGUACAACCAUUAUUACGUGUUGCAGAUCCUAAAAUCGCUAGUUUAAAAGGUCGAAUUUUACAAGGCAAAUCCAUGGGACGAACCGAUGUCCAGGUUUUGUCACCAAUCACUGGACGAGUAAUUGGUGCUAAAGAAAUACGAGUCGGUAGUGAUAAAGUAAGUUUAGUUAAACUUCUUGUUCGUGUUGUGUCAGGACUGCAAUUAACAAUAACUCCAGACAAUACCAUAGAAAAUGGAUAUAUUGCUGAAACAGCAGUGACCCAUAAACUUACAGCUCAAUACCAAGAAGGUCUGUUGGAUAUAGAUCUAGAAUUUUCUGACGGCUCAAGAACUCCACUAAGGGAUAUUUCGGUAGAAGACUAUUUCCUUUUGGUUGAAAGUUUAGACACAGAAGUUGUCGCAUUUGCUCCAAUGCUAGCAUCACACCAUCCCCGCGUCAUUGCAGUUGGUGAGGGAAAUGGAAAUUUACUAAGAGUGACUUUACUCUUAUCGGAAGACUGCAGAAUGCGUCGCAAUGUUGUGUCCACCAAACAGUCGAAAUACAACACAUCGCCAUUAGCAAGUGCUUUAGCUGCAGUAGAAGUUGAUUUCAAUAACGCUAACGAUAUUGUAAGUAAACAUGAAGUUGUGCAGAAUGAUGGUAUAUAUCGAAGGGAGAAAACUAAAUAUUCAAAUGGCAGAGGAGAUUUAUCUGAUAUAAUAGGUGUACCGUUGCGGGACUCUAGUCACCAUGAACCAACAGUUCAGGCACGCCAACAUAGAGGGAACAGUCAUUCCUUUAAUAAACUACAUUAUGGAACAAAACGUCCUACAAAAAAUAUGUCUUCGAUUGAAGUAGGCAUGUACGUCUUAUUAACCGCAUUUUGCUUUGCAAUUGUUGUUUUUGUAAUAUCUUGCGUUGUAUAUGCAUCCAAGUUUAAACCCUCUCAUAUCGAUUGUGGUUUAGACCCCUCCGAUAUCUCAAAAAAACAAUUAAGCGGCGAUUUAUUAAUUCGUGAUUCAAAAUUUUUAAAAGAACCUACCACAAAUGCUCACGAUUGGGUGUGGCUUGGCCGGUCAACUAUGGAUAGGUCAUCGAUGUUAACAUUCACAUCCCAAGAUCAGCAUAUUAAUGCCCGAGAUUCUAGGAUAAGGAUAACAAAUAAUCCCAUCAACACUUAUUCUACAAAAAAUGACGCAUCGAAUGAAAAUGAUACAUCCCUGAGCCCCUCUAAUGGUAUUAUGUGUAGUGAAACUAACCAAAUUAAUAAAAUUAUCUUGCCCAAUGAUUCUAGUAAGGCUUCAUUAAAACCAAUUGAGUAUCGACCUCCAGUGCCACCUCAUCGAAACAUUGGAGUUAAGCAGAAAGCUAAUCAUAACUACGUAAAUUUAAGCAAUCGAUGUAAUAACGUUAAUGAAAAUGGUUUGCAGAGGGCCACCAAAGAAAAUAUUAAUGUGCCAACUAUUGAACCAAUUUCGUUAUUUAAUGAUAAAUCUAGAAAGUCAGCCGUUGAACCAGUAGGUAAGCACAUUUUACCUACAGACAUAGAUAUAGUUGAUAUCUAUAACAAGAAUGAAAAAGUACUAUGCAAAGAAAAACACAAUGCCGAAAAACUUGUUGAAUGUGCUAAUCACAAAAAAAAUGUUUUCCAAUUUGAUACAUUGACACCGAAGAAAAAACAGAACCCAUCUGAUGUGCUGGAAAAAGAGACAUGCCCCCAUCCAGUUCAAAAUGACAUAAACUUUAUAUCUACCAAGGACUCCCAUAAUUUUAUUAAACCAGAACAAGGACAAUCUUAUCCAAAAAACAGCCGAGUUAAAAGAGCGACCGUUGUUGGCAACCCAAUGUUUUCUUCUACUGUAGAUGGAGUUAUUAAUGGCGCAGAAAGUUUAAGUUUAGAUGAUCUAGAUAUGGAUUACGAACAAAUUAUGCAUUACUUUGAUAAUUUAAAGGAAUCAAAUGCCUGAGUGCAGAAUAUUAUUAUCACAAUUAAACAAAUUUUACAUAAUUUCCAUCAGCAAUAUAAUAUAUGUACCGAAGCUAGUCUAAAUCUCCAAUAACCCACAACAACAGAACGGGUCGCUUAAUGAAAAGUUAAAUUAUGAAUCCAUUAAAACUCAUUAAUGUUACAUUUAAAACAUUGAUAAUAUAUUCGUAUACAUACAUACAAACAUACAUACAUAUAUAUUACCAUAUACAUACAUACAUAUUUAUAUAAAUUGUAAAGCAUAAUUAAUUCAUUUGUUAAUACAUAAGAUAGCGUGUGUGAUGUCUAUACAGUUUUUUUAACCAAAGAAAAAUAAAACAAAUACCUAGUACAUAAA